AUGACUGAUUAUGCUACAUCAGUUAAUUUACAAGAUCCGUUACUCGAACGUCCUUCAACUGAAACAUCAUAUAUUACUGCAAAGUCAAUUCCAAUUUCAACACGAUAUGGUUAUGUUCUAGUAACACAACAAGGUAAACCUGAUCGUACACCAAUCGUUACGUAUCAUGAUGUUGGAUAUAACUCUGCAACGCAAUUUCAUCAUUUUUUUGCUUUUAAUGAAAUGGCAGCAAUAACAGAUAAUUUUACAAUAUAUCAUAUAAAUGCACCGGGUCAAGAAGAUCGAGCUAAUCCAUUACCAGCAACAUCUGUUUAUCCUUCUAUGGAAGAAUUGGCUGAAACAGUAAAUGAUGUAUUCAAUCAUUUAGAAAUUAAAACAGCAAUUGGAUUUGGUGUUGGUGUUGGUGCAAAUAUUCUAACACGUUUUGCUUUAAAAUAUCCAUCGAAAAUGUAUGGUCUUAUUUUGAUUAAUGGUGUUUCACGUGGAAUUAAUUAUUUUGAAGGUUUUACUCUUAAAUGGCCAACAAAAGAUAUGCCUCAAACAACAUGGACUGAUCCACUAUUAACAUAUCUUAUUUGGUAUCAUUUAGGUUUUGAGACUCAAACAGCACAUCCUGAUUUAGUACAAUCACUUCGUCGUCAUUUAGAAGAGAAUGUUAAUGCUAAAAAUGUUAUUAAACUUCUUAAUUCAUUUUUAAAACGUACACCAAUUAUAAUGGAACGACCAAAUGAAAUGAAUAAAAAUGCUAAUCCACCUAUAACUCUUACAUGUACUAUUAUGCAUAUAACUGGAUUUACAUCACCACAUAAAGAUGAUGUUAUUGAUACGAAUGAUAAAUGUGAUCCAACGAAAUCAUCAUAUGUUGAAUUUUCUGAUUGUGGUGGUGCUGUUCUUGAUGAACAACCAGCAAAAACAGCUGAAGCUAUUCGUCUUUUUCUUCAAGGUCUUGGUCAUAUAUCUCAUAUGAGCAUUCCAAAAUAUUCAAUUGCAAAUCGUGUCGCUGAACAAGCAGCAGAGAAUAAACGUCGUAAUGGUUCAUUAGGAAGAAUAUCACGUCGUGGUAGUGCACCAUUUGAUUCAGUUGAUUCAGGACUUUAUCGUCGUGAUUCACAAGAUGAUGAUAAUGUUGGAGAUGAUUAUUAUGGUCAUGAACUUCAACUUCGUGUUGAUUCAUUUGAUGAUCGAAAUGUUAAAUUAUAA